AUGGAUAUGCCAACAGGAAAGUUCAUAUCUGAUGUUAUCAAGUAUUUUAAAGAAGUAGAAGUGGAAGUGCAGAAUAAAGAACAUGCUCUUCCAAAUCAAAAAACAAUACUACUACUCUCAAAGAAUACAGAACAAAAAGUGAUAUGGUUACUUUAUCUACUUGCAAAUGGUGCACCACCACAAACAAAGAAAAAGACUGCCAAUAAAGAUAUAACGAUCCAUAGUGCAUCAAUUAAAGCACUAUCUCAAGUAUUUGUAAAAGCAACAGCACCAGCACUACAAGUAUCAAGAGAACUAAAACAAAGGAUAAAAAAAGAGAUUUUAGAAUAUCUCAACAAACCAUUUAAUUGGUUAGAUGAACAACAAAGUCACCGUGAUUUAAAUCAAGCCCAGAAUUGUAUAAAUAUUAUUCAUAUUGCACAACAAGUUGGUGAUGAAUGGAAUGAAUUGAUAGAAUUUAUAAACAAUACGAUGAAACAUGAAUACUCUGUCCAAAGGACAGGCUUUAUGUUGAUGUAUCAAUCAAUUCAGUUGGGGUUUGAAAUAGAGAGGACCAUUCAUGUAGAGACACUUUUUAAUGCUCAGUAUGCUUCUCACAUCCCUUUUUGCAAGACAAUCACAGACUUGAUGGGUAAUGAUGAAUCAUUUUUUGGGUUUGUGGUCAAAUCGAUGGCAUCGCUUACUAGUAAAGGACCUGAAUUGGGCGACAUGCUAGAAAAUUUUCUUUAUUAUUUUUCUUAUAUACAAUGUCAUAUCAAGAGAGAUAGGUUAUUUCUACUCUUUAAAGACGAUAUAUUUGAUAUCAUAGUAAAUAUGUUACAAUUUGGUUUAUUAGUUUGUCCUUUAUCUUGUAUACGAGCCGUUAUUCCAAACUUUGUAAGUGAGCAACUCGACACAAAUAGUUAUUACAAUCAAUUGUACAUUGUAAAAGGGUUAGGGAAACUCAUUCAAUUCUCGGGAGAUGAAAAUAUUUCCAUCUCGGUUUACCUUUCAAGAUUGAUGAAACAUAUUUACUCUGUAUUGGAAGUCGACUUUGUAUCGGAUGAAAUCGACUCGAGACAAGUAAAUUCUUCAUCUUGUUUGUUGAGAAGAAAUCGUGAAAAGUAUAGCAACGAAGAAAUGGUUGAUUACAUUCAGCAAACUCUUUUAUUAUUGCACGAGAUUGUUAAAGUGGUCCCUUGGCAACAGAUUUAUCCAUAUGCUUGGUGCCUAGCCAUACACCUUGUCAAAUUCCGAAACUUCCACGAAUCAUUUGCAAUCAUCCCAUAUCUCUUGUCGUCAAUCAGCAAUGACCCAAAAUAUUUUGAUUCCCUAUCAGAUAAUCGUUUCGACUAUUUCGGUGGCGUCUUUGGUAUUUUCCACAUAGUAAUGCUUGACAAACGGUUUUCAGAGAUUCCAUCCUUUAUCUUGGUGACUCGUUCACUCCAUCAUCUCCUCCAAGCAGUCGCACCUGCUGUUAACUUGGACGUCGAGCGAGUAUUUGAAGGUUUUAAACAAUCCUACGCAUUGCAAUAUCGUCAAUUUCUAGCUCUUUUACUAGAUCACCAGUAUUCCAACCAAGAUGAAGAUGAAGAUGAAGAAGAAGAAGAAGAUCAAGAAAUGACCAUAGAUGAACCUGAAAGGAAUGACGAUGAUCAUAAUAUUCAAAGUUUAGAACUAUUUGCUGCUAAUUGCGGUAUUAUGAUAACGAGUUUCAUAGACUUUGACAAGGAGGAUAUUCAAGACUGGACAAAGAAUAUAAUCUUUAUUGGUCGCUUUGAUAGUGUAGUGUCGGUGUUUGGUGGUUCAAUUCAAUUUGCUAUCAAACAAUAUUUGCAAAUACCAAAUGUUGGAGAAUUGGUGGAUGCUGGAGCGUUUAAGAUUGAAAACAUUAUCAAUCUAUUGGAUAUUAUUAAAUUGACAUCGAGUACAACGAUGAUAAUGACAAAUGAUUUGAAAAUGGCGAUUGAAACCAUCAUCGAAUUUGUUGAAAGAUAUCUAUCUUUUGUACCUUUAAUUUAUAAUCAAGAAGAAGAAAAGAACAAAACUCGUCAACAAAUCAAUGUCAUUCUUUACAAUACUAUGAGUAAAAAAUGGUUUAAAGGAAAUAAAAUUAAUUAA